AGAAUCAAAAUCGGAAAAUUAAAAAACCAAUUCGUUUUUUCGUUUUUGAAUAUAAUACCAAAAAACGAAUAACGGCUUGUAUUUUGUAUUUUUAUUUGGUUAUCCAAACAAAAAUUGGAAAUUUAAAAAACGGACCAGGAGCCGAAUUUGAUUUUGAUUUUGAACUUGACCCAUUUGUGUGCCCCGGAAGUUACUGAUUUGUUUAUUCUUGGUGGGUUUCUGUUGCGCGGGAGUUCACUGCAGUGUUAUCUACACAGUCUGUAUUGCUGUAGGCAGCAUGGCCGGACUGGAACCACAUUCUGGCCUAAUUAAAGAUCUUUUUGAAGGUGGUAAGACGCAUGAAGAGAUUUCGUGCACGUUGCAGCAAAUGGGGAUCCAGCGAUGUUCUGCAAUGAGUGUUAGAAGGUUCUGUGUUCAACACGACCUUAAGCGAAAAAGACAUGUAUCGAACACAGAAUUGGAGAGGGCCGUACUUGGAUCAAUAUAUGAGGUACGUUUCAUUUAGGCUUUCACCUUAUAUGUCCUUCCUUUCUCUCAAACUUUAGUGAAUGGCUACAUUUUUCUUAACAGACGGGUCCAUCCUAUGGCCGCAAGUUUAUGACCGGCUAUCUUUCAUCGAUGGGAGUGCGAGCAGGGGAAUGUCGUGUUGGAAAAAUCCUGAAAGAGAUAAAUCAGCCAUACCAUGAACUACGACGUCAGGGUGCUCGUAACCUAAAUCCAGUCCCUUAUCAUGCUGAAUGUAUGGGCCACAAACUUCACCUUGAUCAAAAUGAGAAGCUUGGGAUGUUUGGAGUGACACAUGUAUUGGCAGUUGAUGGCUACAGCAGCAAAAUUGUUGGUAAUGCCACCAUGCCAGUGAAAAACAACCUUGUGAUCUAUGAGGAAGUUUACAGAUCUGCAGUUGUCAAGCACGGGAUGUGGGAUCAGCUAAGAGUCGAUCAUGGCAGGGAGUUCUUCAUGUGCCUGUACAUGCAAGAGAUACUGUCAGGACACAGACACAACCUCAGCAGGCUACCAUAUCUUCAAACAACAUCAACAAAAAAUCUUCGAGUGGAAAGGCUGUGGCCUGAAGUGAACUGCCGGGUAAACUAUCCACUGAAACAAGCCCUGGUACACAUGCUGGACCAAGAAGUCAUCAGUAUGGAAGACAAUGUAACUAAAUUCUGCAUCUCAAACCUGACAUGUCAAGUAAGCCAAAUUGGAUUAUGCAGAGUGGUGCAGUCAUGGAAUGCACACAGAAUCCCAGGUCGCGGCAUACCCAAUGAACUUGCUGCAGAUGGCUGUCCAGCUAAAAUUUCUCCAGAGCUGCUCCCCUCUGCCUCUGUUGUAGCAAGCAUGUAUGAACAAGAGUUUGGUUCCUCGCUGACUUGGGUGCCUGUUUUUGGAACUGACCCCUUUUCAUCUGAGGAGGAUAGGUGUCAUGCAGAACAGGACUUUGCAGAGAACUACCCUGACAUCUCUCUUCUUCUUAAUCAUGCGGUAAACAAUGACUAUACUCCCUUCCAGGAUGCUGUGUUGCACCUCUUGAAUGUAACCCAAAGAUAUGCCUGAGAAAAAAAUCACUUUUUGUGUGUGUAAAGUAGUAGUUUGUAAGUUAACACACUGCUGAUUACUCUGCUCUACAAGGUGAGUGAAAAGUCACAGGACAGGACAGGCGCUGGACCCAAUCAUUAUGAACUCGCAUGAGAAUCUCUGGAGAAAUGGCAAUGUUCUGGAAAUAGCCUAAAAUAUAGGCCACUCAGCCAUUAUUUGGAGUAUUUAGAUGUAAUUUUUCCUAUCGCUGACUUGUCUCAAAAGGGUGUCCUGCGACUUCUGACUCACCCAGUAUAUUGUUCUUAAACAAAUAGUCUGUUGAAUAACUUGGCAAAAACGUUUAUU